CACACACUAAAAGAGUUUCCUGAAUUAAUCAAGAUUCUAGGCCUUGUCUAUCACUACACUAAAAUGCACUUAAUGAGAAUUUUCUACGUUUUGGUUUUUUUCGGAACAAUCGCAUACUUUUUCUUAUACGGUAUAAUCACCAACAAAAUUCCUAUUAUUACAAUUCAUUUCGAAAAGGAAUUUGAGAUUCAGAGGCAACCGAUUGAAAACAAACCUAAACCAUGUACGAGUGGACAGGAAGAAAAUGCUGAAAUAUCAAGUAAAGAUGUUGAGACUGUAAAGCCAACGUCGAAGAAAAAUGUAAAUUUUAAAGACGAUUACGGCGAAACGGUUACGAACGAGUUUUGGGAUUUUUUGGAAAAUUUUAAAAAGAACAAGAGCGAAAUGAAGCUUGCGAUGAAUCCAACGAAACAAGAAUCAGAACCCACUAAGCAAGAUAGUGAGUACGAAAGCAGUCGGCAAACCGACUCAAAAACAUUGGUUUCCCUUAUUGAGGGAUUAGAUAACGAGUUAGGAGAUGCGCCUGUUGAAUUAAAAGAGCUUGAAAAAUGUAUAUACCCUAAGCGAGUUGGGCGUCUCUAUUUUAACAAGUGGGAGAGAUUUACCAUGAGUCAAAUUGAAGAUGAACUAAAAUUUGUCAACAAAGGGGGGAAAUGGAAACCGGAAACGUGUCAAGCUAAGAGCAAGGUGGCGAUUGUUAUACCAUUCCGAGAUCGCCAGGAGCAUCUCGUCACAUUUCUACGUCACAUGCAUCGAUUUAUGAAAUGGCAGCUACUGGAUUACAGGAUAUUUAUAAUUGAACAGCUUGACAGCAUGCCGUUCAAUCGUGGAAUGUUGAUGAAUGUCGGAUUCCAGGAAGCCAUGAAGGCCGAUAUCUACGACUGUGCGAUAUUUCACGAUAUCGACCUUAUACCCGAGGACGACAGAAACGACUAUAGUUGCCCAUCAUCGCCGCGUCAUAUGUCAACAGCCGUAGAUACCAUGAAAUACAAGUUGGGCUACAAGAAGCUCUUUGGUGGCGUCGAGGCAUUCUGGCCUGAGCACUACAGAAAAGUCAACGGAUUCCCAAAUCGCUACUGGGGAUGGGGUGGGGAAGAUGACGAUCUGUAUGUAAGAAUUGUUGAGCACUCCCUGACUCUAACCCGACCAGCUCACCAGAUUGGUCGAUACACGAUGUUAAAACAUGGACAUAAAAAGUCGGACAAAAACCCGGACAGACAUGCGCAGCUGCAACAAAGCCAGACGCACUUGAAGACUGACGGCCUCUCGGUUCUAAAGUAUGAUGUCAUAUCCUCUAUGGAGCAUCCGCUGUACACCAUGAUCGGCGUCAAGCUUGGCGAGAAAAGAUGGUCGCUGUUUGGUUGACAACUCAGAAUAAUAGAAAAAUAUUUAUCAUUUGGUUGUUUUGUUGGCCAACUCCGAGUGGAUUUUUUGCUGUACUAAUAAUUAUUAAAUUAAAAAGAAUAAACACAGGUUCUGUCAA